UUUUCAAAUUCAUUGAACGUAAUUCAAGUCUGAAUUAUUUGGAAUGUUUAAGUAUAAAUUCUGCUAAGUAAACAUGCACAAAAGGUACAUAUUGAUCAAAAAGUGACAGACCUGAAUUGAAAUUUGUUAAUCUUAAAGUGUACAUGUGUGGGAAAUGGAAGAAUAAAACAUAAACACCUGUGGACAUAGGACAAUAUACUGACAAACAUGAGCGUGUCUGAAUCAGUUUUAGCAGACAUUGUAAAAAAGAUAAGUGAGGAAGCAGGAAUAAAUAAGAAAUUGAUUUUGCUGUACAAGGCAAAACAAGAGGCAAAUGUAGAUGAGUUUCAUAGAAAAUGUGAUGCAAAAGGCCCUACAGUCACAAUCUUGUAUGGCGCUUACAAUACAACUUUUGGCGGCUAUACUUCUAAAGAUUGGAGUUCACCUACGAAAGAACGAACGAUUCAAGACGAUAAGGCUUUUCUUUUUACAAAGAGUGACAGCGCAGAUGCAAAAUGUGUCAUUCUUCCAAUAAAGGACGAUAAGAAGAAUGUAGCGAUAACAUGCUAUGCAAAAUAUGGCCCUACAUUUGGAGGAGGAACAUUGACUGGUUAUGACCUUCUGACAUUUAAAAAAAAGCCUCCCUCAGAGUUUAGAGAUGGCUAUCUUCGUUUGAAUGGUACGUUGCAAAUCAAUAAAGCAUAUGAUAGCCGUGCAAAAGAUCCUUCCCUACCAAAAACAAAAACUGUUGAUAUAAAUUCUGGGAAGAUGAUUGUGAAAGAGCUAGAAGUUUACCAAGUAACAGAUGAUGGAACUAAAGAAAAUUUGUUAGAAAGAACGAAGAAAGACGAUGUUGACAAGAAGAAAAAUGCGCUGAUAUCAAUGGAACCAUUAACCGGUUUGGAUAUAGAUCAUUACAAUAUUUUGUUCGUAGGCGCUAUAGCAUCUGGGAAAUCUAGUUUUAUCAAUACUCUAUCAGCAGUGUUUACUGGACAGUUUGUGCCGAUUGCCCCAGCCGGACAAGCACCAGAGAGCUACACCAGGAAGGUAACGAAAUAUAUCAUUCCACUACAGACGAACGAAAGAUUGAAUUUAUUCAUUUAUGACAUGCCUGGAUUUGAGCACGAAAAAGGACUUGCAGAAGAGCUUAAACUUAUAUUAGAAGGAAGAUUACCUGAUGACUAUCAAUUUCAAGACAAGGCGAAGCUUAAGAAAAUAGCGCUAAAGACGAAUACAACAUUGAAUGACCGAAUUCACGCAGUGUGUAUGAUAGUAGCAGGGGAUAUGCGUUUUGAAGAUUUCUCUAAAGAACAGUUAAAACACAUUAGUGACAUACGAAAUACAAUUGCAGAGUCGGGUUUACCAAUGGUGGUUGUUGCAACAAAAUUUGACAAGCUAUGUCCAAAUAUAUUGACAAAUUUUGAACAUUUAUUUCAAUGCCCGGAAGCUAAAGAAACAGUUACGAAAGUUGCUGCAUUCUUCGGGGUUCCCGAGAAGGAUGUGUUUCCAAUUGUGAACUAUCUCGAAGAAAAACAGAAAGAUGAUGUGAAAGAACUUUUAGCUGUAAAUGCAUUUCAUUGGAUAUUUGAAACGGUUGAAAGCUACCUUCGUCACCAUAAAGAUUUGAAGGUUGUACCUGACGACUGGUCUGAGCGAGAAACACUUUUACCAAAAUUGAAAAAUGAAGAUGACAAAAGGAAGGUAAUAAAAUCAAUCUAUGAGAGUACCCUAGCAUUGGAAAACAAGACAUUAAGGAUUCUAGUGGUUGGACCUACAGGUUCCGGAAAGUCAAGCUUCAUUGACUCAAUAGCAUCUGCCCUUUGUAAUGAAAUCACUUUCAAAGCAGUGGGAAUCGGGUCAGCAUGUGCAAUGUCGGACAAUGCUACAUCUGCAACGCAGAAGUUUAAAUUGUAUGAUAUGGAAUACUUAGACGAUGGUUAUAGAAGAAAGAGCAGAGUAUGUAUUGGGGAUACCCCUGGCUUUCAGGAAGUGGGUGGUAUAACAGAAGAUAAUGUCAAGCUCAUUAUGGAAGGGAACGUGCCGGAUAAAUAUAAUAUCAUAAAUGGUAUUCAAAAAACGCAAAAGGAAUUUAUAAACGAACCAUCACCCUGUGACAAAAUACAUUGCGUAUGUUUUGUUUUUGACUGCAAGACUAUUCAAAAAGGUCUGUCAGAAAAGAUGACUGCGCUCAUCAGAAAUUUGCAUCAAUUCAUCAAUUCUGAAGAGUGUCCGCUGGUAGUGGUCUUGACAAAGUGUGAUGAAGUAAGCGACCUUUUGCGGACAGAGAAACGUCGUGUAUUUACAGACAAGGCAGUAAAGAAAUGCAAACAGGAAAUGUUGGAACGGUUUCGAUUUAAACAACAACUCCUCUUUCCGGUUGUCAAUUACGUUAAUGAAAAUAAUGUUGAUCUACAAGCCGAUGCGCUUCUGUUAGCUGCAUGUAUGGAGAUGAUUAAACUCGGGAAAAGAAGAUUGGAAAAUCUUGAAGAAAGCGCAGGCUAUCAAAGUUAUUAAGCUCUAUUAGCAGUACGUCUUUUCCUAUUGGAAACAACGUAAUUGUCGUCUUUUGAAACGUUAUAAAUAAGAUAGACUAGUGUUUCUUUUCAUAUUUGCUGCAUAUCUCCCUUUCAUAUGAUAAUUUAUCGGUUGUGUAACGUGUUUUAGAGGAGGACUGCUUUAAGAGCCAGGUGACUGCAGCUGCAAGUCGACUGCGUUACUUUAACCGAAUUUAAGAAAGGUGUUCGUGGAUACCUGACUACCAGAAAUAAUACUUUAACAUAGCAGGGUUGACAUUUAGCCGAUUUUAUUUUCUUUCCAUAGAAUAUUGAUAUGUUUAUGUAUUCAAAAAUAAAAUAUUGUCGUUUCGCUAAACAAAAUUGGCUAUACAAAUUAGAAACCAAUUAUAGAUAGCAAUUUGUUUUCUCUUUCUACAUAAUUGUUUUGGAAACUGUUUGUUAGCUCGUUCUGUAAUAUUUGAGUGGUUAUCCAUGAACUCACAAAUACUUGUGGUCCUAGUGGCCACGAUUGAUCAUUGCUGAUGCUAUCUUUCAAUGUAAUCAGAUGCUUUACAUGCAUGCAAUAAAAUCCAGUAUCUUAUUAACUGUGUAUUUUUUUCACAUUCAACGUAUUUUUUACUUAAAAGAAUCACUCCCCGUAGUUUUGACUUUAUGAAUAUAUUUACUAUUGUAACUUAUUUUAAAAAGUAACAGACCUAUUUGUCAUUAAACAUAGACAUGUAUAUUAAAUAAAGGAUGUAUGACAAAACAUUGACAGAAGAUAUUUUACGUAACCUUAAUAAUUCCAUCAUUCAAUGCUAGUAUUUCUUUGAAACUAAGUCUAUACCAAUAGUUUAAUUAAAAAUGUUUUAAAAUGAGAUUCUUUCAUUAAUAUCAUAGUUUUGUCAUGCUUUGACAAAGAGUAUUACAAGACUUAUU